AUGGUGGAUGAGCUCUUGAUGUGCCUAGCGCGCUGCAAGGUCACGUCUGCUCAUUACUACGACGGCCUGCUGAAGAAAUGUGUGAGCUGUGCCGACAUCUGCGGACGCCAUCCUGCAGAAUGUUCACCGCACUGUAACAUUUCCAGGCAUAUCGCAGAUUCCAGAACGACCUUGGCACCGACCCCUUUAGACGACUCCACAGUUGCCCUCCACUUCCUGCUGUCCCUCAGCGUGGUGCUGCUGCUGUCCAGUUUGGUUCUGGCUUUGGUGGUCGUCCUAAAGAGUGGAAGAAACAGAACCUCCAAACCCAGAGACAAAGAGGGAGUGGUCCAGACCAGACAGGAACACCACCUCCCAGGACGGAACUCUAAACUGUUUUCCAAGGAUCCAGAUGACACCAAUCCCACUGAGACCUGCGCCUGCGUCCACUGUUUCCCUGACCUGAAAGGAUCAAGUCAGAACCACAGCUGGCCACACAGAGACCUUUUCUCCUCCUACAACGAGGACGUCCUGCAGCGGGCGCAGGUCCAAUCUCAAAGUCCCAUCAAGACUCAGGAGGGCACGUCCAUGUCUGUGCUGGAGGUGCAGCAGGAUGUCCGCGUCUCUCCACAAGUGGACCCAAACCAACGCGUCCAGCAAUGAGCUCAUUUAGCGGUUUUACCUUCAGAAAAACAAAACUGUCAAACAUAAAAUUCAGGAUGUGAAACUGAGAAAAUAUUAAAAUGUCAGAAAGAAAAAAAAAAAGAAUCAACAGAAGUCUUAAAAAAAAGAAGCUGCUUUUAGAAAUUUACACUUAAAUUGUUCUAAA